AUGGACCUCACAACAGCCAAGUCUGGCGACAGCGCUGUGAACAUCAUAUUCAUUGGGGCCGGUGCUGUUGGCUGCUUCUAUGCUUCGCGGCUGCACCAUCCCAACCGCAACGUCCACGUAUCACUGGUUGCAAGAUCGAAUUAUAAAGCGAUCAAUGAAUCUGGAGUCAAGCUGGAAACGCACUCCUUCGGCGAUUACGUAUUCAAGCCACAUGCAGCCUUCCCAUCCGUCGAAGCAGCAGCGUCUGCAAAACAGGAAGGAUCCAAUGUCCAAUGGGACUAUGUGUUUGUGACGACCAAGGCAUUGCCAGACCGCUCAGAUGACUCUGCCAUGAUUGCCCCGGUCAUUGGUCCUACGUCUUGCAUCGUAUUGAUCCAGAAUGGCGUGGGCGUCGAGGAGCCCUACCGCGAGCGAUUCCCUCGCAACCCCAUUGUGAGCGCUGUGACGGUCAUCAGUGCCGAACAAAUAUCCCCAGGCGUCAUCAGACAGAACCGGUGGACACGCAUUAGCAUCGGCCCGCACACGAACGGCCUCGGUACGGGCAAUGCAGAGCUUAAGCGCCUGGGCACGCAGGCAGUCGAGCAACUGGGCCGGUGGUGGGGGCCUAGCUGGGGUGAUAUCCGAGAUGUUGAGCCUCACGAUGAGAUCGGAUUGCAGACGGUGCGAUGGCACAAGCUCUGCAUUAACGCGGCGUUCAAUCCCAGUGCGGUGCUUAGCGGCGGCAGAGGCAAUGCGGACAUGGUGAUGGACGCCGAGUUGAGGGAGCAUGUCAUCGGUAUCAUGAAUGAGAUCAGGGAAGCGGUGCCAAAGAUCUUGGGCCGGGAGUUCCCUGACGACCUGGCAAAGCCUGAUCGGAUUGUCAAGAGCACGGAGCGAAAUACGGGAGCCAGGCCGAGCAUGCUGUUGGACUGGGAGGCCGGCAGACCUCUGGAGCUUGAGGUAAUCCUGGGCAACCCGGUGAGGAUAGCGAGAGCUCACGGGGUAGAGAUGCCGCGCCUACAAAGCCUAUAUGCGCUACUCAAGAGUGCGCAGAAAACCCGGGAGGAGAAGAGCGCCAAGGGAAAGCUUUAG